CUGAGCGCAGUCACAGUGCUGUCCUGAACCUAGCGGUAGGCCCAUGGAGCCUGGGGCCACAGGCCACAGAGGACAAGGGCCAGACACCCCGGCCAUGGCUCUGGGCCAUUGAUCCAGCGCUAGCUGGCCAGGUGGGGGUGGGGAGGCCUUGGCCUGGACAAACAGAGGCUGUGAGGUCUGCGUGCAGGCCCGGCGCCCACUUGCCAAUCCCAAAGGUAAGCGGGGGCCUCCAGGACAGGGGACCAGCUCUAUGAGUGACCCGGGGACAGUGUCCACUCUGAGAGCUGGGCCUGGCUUCCUGGAAUUUGAGCCGUCGGCCCUGCUCUGAGGCCAGGUCUGCAGGGCCUCAUCGGCCAGGGAGUGACCAGGAUGCCCGUGGCUGAGGCCCCCCAGGCGGCUGGUGGGCAGGGCGACGGAGGAGAUGGCGAGGAGGCAGAGCCGGAGGGGAUGUUCAAGGCCUCCGAGAACGCCAAGAGAAAAGUCCGGGGCUACCUCCGCCUGGCGCCGCUGUGGCUGGCCCUGGUCGUGCUGGCUUCAGGGGGGUUCCUGCUCUGGUAUUUUCUAGGGUACCAAGCAGAGGCGACCGUCAGCCAGGUGUACUCAGGCAGCCUCCGUGUGCUCAACCGCCACUUCUCCCAGGACCUUGCCCAGCGGGAGUCCAGCGCCUUCCGCAGUGAAACCGCCAAAGCCCAGGAGAUGCUCAAGGCCCUCAUCACCAGCACCCGCCUGGGCGCUUACUACAACUCCAGCUCCAUCUACUCCUUUGGGGAGGGGCCUCUCACCUGCUUCUUCUGGUUCAUCCUCCAAAUCCCUGAGCACCGCCAGCCGAUGCUGAGCCCCGACAUGGUGCGGGCACUGCUGGUGGAGGAGCUGCUAUCCACAGCCAACGGCUCGGCACCCGCUCCCUACAGGGCAGAGUACGAGGUGGACCCCGAGGGCCUGGUGAUCCUGGAAGCCAGUGUAAAAGACAUACUUAUGCUGAAUUCCACGCUGGGCUGCUACCGCUACAGCUACGUGGACCGGGGCCAGACCCUCCCGCUGAAGGGGCCCGACUACCUGGCCUCCAGCUGCCUGUGGCACCUGCAGGGCCCUGAGGACCUCAUGCUCAAGCUCAGGCUCGAGUGGACGCUGGCCGACUGCCGGGACCGGCUGGCCAUGUACGACACGGCGGGGCCCCUGGAAAGGAGGCUCAUUACCUCGGUCUACGGCUGCAGCCGCCAGGAGCCGGUGGUGGAGGUGCUGGCGUCGGGCGCCGUCAUGGCGGUGGUCUGGAAGAAGGGCCUGCACAGCUACUACGACCCCUUCGUGCUCUCCGUGCAGUCCGUGGCCUUCCAGGACUGCGAGGUGAACUUGACCCUGGAGAGCCAGCUGGAGGCCCGGGGCGUCCUCAGCACACCGUACUUCCCCAGCUACUACUCGCCCAGCACCCACUGCUCCUGGCACCUCAUGGUGCCCUCCCUCGACUACGGCCUGGCCCUCUGGUUUGACGCCUAUGCACUGCGGAGGCAGAAAUACGACCUGCCGUGCACCCAGGGCCAGUGGAUGAUCCAGAACCGGAGGCUGUGUGGCCUGCGCACGCUGCAGCCCUACGCCGAGAGGAUCCCCGUGGUGGCCAGCACCGGCAUCACCAUCAACUUCACCUCCCAGGUCUCCCUCACCGGGCCCGGCGUGCAGGUGCACUACGGCCUGUACAACCAGUCGGAUCCGUGCCCUGGAGAGUUCCUCUGCUCUGUGAACGGACUCUGCGUGCCCGCCUGCGAUGGGGUCAAGGACUGCCCCAACGGCCUGGACGAGAGAAAUUGCGUUUGCAGAGCCACAUUCCAGUGCCAAGAGGACAGCACGUGCGUCCCCCUGUCCAGGGUCUGCGAUGGGCAGCUGGACUGUCUCAACGGAAGUGAUGAAGAGCAGUGCCAGGAAGGGGUGCCCUGCGGGACGUUCACCUUCCAGUGUGAGGACCGCAGCUGCGUCAAGAAGCCCAACCCGCAGUGUGACGGGAGGCCCGACUGCAGCGAUGGCUCUGAUGAGCAGCACUGUGACUGUGGCCUCCAGGGUCCCUCUGGCCGCAUUGUGGGCGGGGCCGUGUCCUCAGAGGGUGAGUGGCCAUGGCAGGCCAGCCUCCAGGUCCGGGGCCGACACAUCUGUGGGGGGGCCCUCAUCGCUGACCGCUGGGUGAUAACAGCUGCCCACUGCUUCCAGGAGGACAGCAUGGCCUCCCCGGCACUGUGGACGGUGUUCCUGGGCAAGGUGUGGCAGAGCUCACGCUGGCCGGGCGAGGUGUCCUUCAAGGUGAGCCGCCUGCUCCUGCACCCGUACCACGAGGAGGACAGCCACGACUACGACGUGGCCCUGCUGCAGCUGGACCACCCCGUGGUGCGCUCCUCCGCCGUCCGCCCCGUCUGCCUGCCGGCGCGCUCCCACUUCUUUGAGCCGGGCCUGCACUGCUGGAUCACGGGCUGGGGCGCCCUACGAGAGUGGGGCCCCAUCAGCAACGGCCUGCAGAAGGUGGACGUGCAGCUGAUCACGCAGGACCUGUGCAGUGAGGCCUACCGCUACCAGGUGACGCCCCGCAUGCUGUGUGCCGGCUACCACAAGGGCAAGAAGGACGCCUGCCAGGGCGACUCGGGCGGCCCACUGGUGUGCAGGGAGCCCAGUGGCCGCUGGUUCCUGGCGGGGCUGGUCAGCUGGGGCCUGGGCUGCGGCCGGCCCAACUACUUUGGCGUCUACACCCGCAUCACAGGUGUGAUUGGCUGGAUCCAGCAGGUGCUGCUGACCUGAGGAGCUGCCCCCUGCAGAGCUCAGGGCACCCAUCAGGCGGGGAACAAGUAUUCUGGGGCAGCGGGGCCCUGUGGGAGCCAGAGUGGCAUCUUGUCCCCCAGCCUGCUCCCUGGCAUCCCCCCAGGGGGCACAUGCAGGGAGGAGGGCCCGCAGCUGGUCGAUACUUUCCCAGUAAGCCUGGCAUGGUCACCAGGCUCCCGAUUCUCUCUCCCUGCCCUGUCCCCCCUGCUAACUCGGGGGGGACUGCUCCGCAGUGAGGAUCUGGCUUCCAGGUCCCAGAAGGAGUGUCUGAGCCCCUCACCCCACCCCCACCCCCAGUGCAGCAGCUGCUUGGGAGCACCCACUCCAGAGAGCAGAUUCCAGGCUGUGACAUCCCUGACCUAACUUGAGAGGUGGGGGUGGGAGGUGCCCCCAAGGAGGGGCCCUCAUAGCGGAGACAGCCAAGCAGGCCAGCUGCCACUGUGAGCCAAAGGGGGGUGGAGCCUGGACCACACCCUCCCUGCCCCUGGGCCUCUACUGCCCACUCGGCUGGCCUGGCCUGGAGGUGAGCUCAGCUGCCUGGAAUAAAAUCUCUGACCCAAGGCCCUGUUCUGAGAUUGAAUGGGGCCCUAGGCACCG